UGAAAUGGAAUCUCAAAGGAGAUAUGAUCUCUUGAAGCUUCAGGCGGAGGAGGCAGGAGAAGAAUCAGAGAGCAGCAACAAUGGAAGGGCAAGAGCAGCGGAACAAGUCCCGAGCCGUGAAAGUCGACUCGCCCGAGUCGUGGGAUUCCUACUUGACUCAGGCCACCACUCAAGCCUGCCCUGUGGUGGUGCACUUCACUGCUGCUUGGUGCAUGCCUUCGGUGGCCAUGAACCCGUUCUUUGAAGAGCUGGCCUCGACGUUCCCAGAUGUUAUGUUUCUCAUUGUUGAUGUUGACGAUGUUAAGGAGGUAGCAACAAGAAUGGAGGUUAAAGCCAUGCCGACGUUUCUACUGAUUAAAGACAAAACUCCUGUUGACAAGCUGGUGGGUGCGAAUCCUGAAGAGAUAAGGAAAAGGAUAGACGGUUUCGUGCAGUCCUUUCGCGCGAGUGUUGCCUAGUGACAGCUUCUUGCCCCAGCCCGGCUGACACUUUACAUUUUGGUCUUUGCAAGAUUUGUGCUCAUGAGUCUGCCAUGGUAUUGGUAUUUGCAAGCAUGUUGUUUGUAUAUUUGAUUUGUGGUAUAUCGAUCUGGAAAGUGCCAAAUGUUCUUACGGUGGGUUGCCACAAUUUCAGCAAUCUUUUACCUUUGUCUUUGGAGUUUCAUCGACAGCGUUCAUCCUGUGCCGAUUUCUACUGUUUGCUGUUCGAGUUUUUAGAACAUCAUCUCCAGAUAAAUUCUCGAUAUCGAAUUGUUUCAUCCAUUGUUAAUUCGCAUGAAUAUUACAGAAUAGGGUAUUAUAUACG